GGUUUCAGCCGCUCAUGUGACAAGCUAAGAUGGCUGCGCCCAGCGAGGCGGAGGAGGAGGCGGCAGUUUACCUCGUAGUUAGCGGUAUUCCUUCUGUGUUGCGCUCGGCCCAGCUACGGAACUACUUUAGCCAGUUUCGGGAACAGCACGGUGGUGGCUUCCUCUGUUUCCACUACCGGCAUCGGCCUGAGCGGGCUCCUACCCAGGCCGCCCCCGACUUUGCCUUAACUCCUAUUGACCCUGCCUCUGAGGGCCAGCUUCUCAUCCAGACUUCGGCCACCGAUGCCCAGGAUCGCUCCACUCGGGACUCCGCUCCGGUCCAGACCCGUACCUGCUGCUGCGUCAUCUCGGUACGGGGGUUGGCUCAAGCCCAGAGGCUUCUUCGCAUGUACUCGGGCCGGCGGUGGCUGGAUUCUCAGGGUACUUGGCUGCCAGGUCGCUGUCUCAUCCGCAGACUUCGACUACCUACUGAGGCAUCAGGUUUGGGUUCCUUUCCCUUUAAGACUCGGAAGGAGCUCCAGCUUCGGAAGGCUGAGAAUGAAGCCUUCACCCUGGCUGACCUGAGGCAACUGCCAGAGCUGAACCCACCAGUGCUGAUGCCCAAUGGGAAUGUGGGGACACCCCUGCGGGUCUUUUUGGAGUUGAUCCGGGCCUGCCGACUACCCCCUCGGAUCAUCACCCAGCUGCAGCUCCAGUUUCCCAGGACAGGUUCCUCUCGGCGCUACGGCAAUGUGCCCUUCAAGUACGAGGACUCAGAGACUGUAGAGCAGGAAGAGCUUGUAUACACAGCAGAGGGUGAGGAAAUACCCCAGGGAACCUGCCUGGCAGAUAUACCAGCCAGCCACUGCGGAGAGCCUGAGGAGGAGGGGGAAAAGGAGGAGGAAAAGUCUCAUUCAGAUGACGACGAUGACCGGGGUGAGGAGUGGGAGCGGCAUGAAGCGCUGCACGAGGACGUGACCGGGCAGGAGCGGACCAAAGAGCGACUCUUUGAGGAGGAGAUCGAGCUCAAGUGGGAGAAGGGUGGCCCAGGCCUGGUGUUCUACACUGAUGCCCAGUUCUGGCAGGAGGAAGAAGGAGACUUUGAUGAACAGACAGCCGAUGACUGGGAUGUGGACAUGAGUGUGUACUACGACAGAGAUGGUGGAGACAAGGAUGCCCGUGAUUCUGUCCAAAUGCGUCUGGAACGUAGACUCCGUGAUGGCCAGGAAGACGGCUCCGUGACUGAAUGCCAGGUGGGCACCUUUGAGCGCCACACCAAGGGCAUUGGGCGGAAGGUGAUGGAGCGGCAGGGCUGGGCCGAGGGCCAGGGCUUGGGCAGCAGGUGCUCAGGGGUAUCAGAAGCCCUGGAUGGAGAAGGCCAACAUCCCAGGUGCAAGCAUGGAUUGGGGUACCAUGGAGAGAAGCUACAGCUAUUUGGGCAAAUGAAGAGGCCCCGUGGAACCAGCCUGGGGCUAAUCUCCACCAUCUAUGAUGAGCCCUUACCCCAGGACCAGAGGGAGUCACUGCUCCGCCGCCAGCCACCCACUAGCAUGAAGUUUCGGACAGACAUGUCCUUUGUGAGGGGUUCCAACUGUGCCUCGGACAGAACCUCAGAACCUGAGUGACUGGGUUGGGGGCUUCCUUGGUCAGGAACACCCAUAGCUGCAUGAAGGCAGCCCUCUGCCCUGCCUUUUCUACCACUGAAGCAGAAAGGAAUCUGGGAGCAGCAAUCUCCUUGGCUUGUUCAGGGUGCUUUGUUCUGAGCUUGCCAGUUUUCUACCUCAAGGGCAUUUUUACAAAAAGCCCUCUGCUCCCCUUGGAUAUUAGAGCUUAAUGACCUCUCCUCAUUGGUCUAACCUGACCCUAGACCCAGUUUGGGCUUUCUCCUGUUGUCUCCCCCCAUCCUCUGAAAAGCUGGAUUGACUGAGGAUAUCAGCACAACCUUCGUUGACGGGCAUAAGGGGUCACCAUGAAGGCCAGAAAGAGGGGGAAAAGGACCCGUUAGAGAGGAGGAGUUGUGAUGGUUAGAAGAGAAGAGACGGUAUUGGGGCGGGCCCUCCACCGCCUCUACCCUCGCUGGCUGAGUCCGGGCAGCGGAGAGCGCGCAGGAGGUGGCUCAGGCCUGCGGUGUAACGGGGGAAUAAAGAAGUUUACGAUUGAA